AUGUCUGACCUCAGAAUUGGCCAGACUGUUGAGCUAGCCGACGGCCGAAGCGCCAUAAUCCGUUUCGUUGGACAACCUCAUUUUGCGGCAGGCGACUGGAUCGGAGUUGAGCUCGAAGAUGACAGUGGCAAGAACGAUGGCAGCAUACAAGGAGAACGAUAUUUCGACUGCGAAAUGGGGAGGGGCAUGUUUCUACGGCCACCAGCUGUGCGGGUCACUGAGCAGCCAGCUGCUGUGCCGAAGCCUGCCCCUGCCGUCGCGAAGAAGGUGUCAAGACCCAGCACUGUCGCUGGUCGAGGUGCGCUGGGAAGGAGACCGAGCGCUGUACAAGAUAUAGCAGCUGGUAAAAGGCAAAGCAUGAAUGCAGCAAGUCCUACUCCUGCAAGUCGGGGCUCUCGUCCUUCUAGUAUGCUUCGAUCUCCCACAAAGUCUCCCACCAAACAGCUAUCCGCUGGAACAUCUACGGUUUCAACGCCAAGGACCGGAACUCCCUCAAAUGCUCGGGCACCAGCCGCAACAACCACGAAGUCACGGCCCAGCGCCAGCGUGAAUCGGACAUCUAUGGGCCCGCCAGCUAUGCCUGCAUCAAGGACAUCAAGACAAUCUCUUUCGGGCGGCCCAGGGGUGGGAAAUAGGGCGUCGAUGCCUCCCAACAAAAUUGCGAGCAAUCGAGUAUCUCUUGCCCCGAAACCGAAGCUACGCCCCGGAGUGGAGAGAGUCGGUCCAAUCGGUAGCCAGCUAAGCGGCGGUCAGGCAAGUGGGGGCAGCGGGCCCAAUACUCCGGUCGAUGACUCGCCGAAUAAGACAGAGAGUUUUGCCCCAAAGGCCAUGAGCCCGGUGCUUACUCGCGUUUCUGCUGCGGAACGUCGUCAAGCAUCUCCAGCUGCUCCUAGAAGCACGGGUUCCCCUGCGUCUCAAAGAGCUUCUGGUGUAAAUACUGCCGCCAACCGUGAGAUAGAAGAUCUCAAGACGAAGCUUCGUGUAAUGGAUAAGAAGCGGCAGGAGGAUAGGGAGAAGCUGAAAACCAUGGACCAUGAACAAGCAGAAAAGGAAAAGUUUCAAGCUUUAUUCAUUAAAGUGCGGGAUAAAGUCCUCCCCCAGCAAAAUGAAAUUACGGACCUUCGAAAGCAACUCAAGGAAGCCGAAUCCAAGUUUGAAUUCAUUGAGACCAUGCAGGCAGAGCAUGAAGAGGUGCUUGAAAUGGCAAUGCUCGACCGGGAGAUGGCAGAAGAAACAGCGGACGUAUUGAAAACGGAGUUGGACGCUCUGAAAGAGAAAGCGGAGAUGCUCGAAUUAGAGCUUGACUUAGCAAAGGAGGAGAAUGCAGAACUUGGCGGCGAAAUGAGCCCCGAAGAGAAGACAAACCAGGGUUGGCUGCAAAUGGAAAGGAGCAACGAGAGGCUACGGGAGGCUCUCAUUCGACUGCGCGAUAUGACGCAACAGACAGAAUCUGAAUUGCACGACCAAAUCAAAAGCCUAGAGGAAGAUGUGCGGGAAUACGGUGUCGUGAAGGAGAAAUAUGAAGCAGUCAAAGAAAAGCUGGCACAAUCUGAAGCUGGCAUUGAGGAUCUACGACAACAGCUUGACAAUGCUCUUGGUGCCGAGGACAUGAUCGAAGAGCUAACUGACAAAAAUAUGUCAAUGAGCGAGCAGAUCGAGGAGUUGAAAGUCACUAUAGACGAUCUCGAGAGCCUGAAGGAGCUAAACGACGAGCUCGAAAUCAACCAUGUUGAGACGGAGAAGGAAAUGCAAGAAGAUAUCGACUUCAAGGACACUAUUAUCGGUGAACAGACGCGUCGCGCGGCCCAACAGGAUGAGGCAUUGGAAGACAUGGAAUACACAUUGUCACGGUUCCGUGAGCUUGUCACAAAUUUGCAAAGCGAUCUGGAGGAUAUGAGAGCUUCACACGCAGUGACAGAGACUGAGUCUGAGCAGUUGAAUAGCCGAUCUCGGGCAAUGAUGGAUUUGAACAUGAAGCUUCAGGUCUCGGCGGCGAAGACGCAAGUGAAGACUAUUGAUCUCGAACUCCGACGACUGGAUGCGCAAGAAGCUGCCGAGCAUUUGGCCAUUGUGCAACUGUUCUUGCCCGAGGCCUUUCAUAGCGACAGAGAUUCUGUUCUUGCCCUUCUUCGCUUCAAGCGCGUUGGAUUCAAGGCGAAUCUUCUUCAUGGCUUUGUGAAGGAAAGGGUCAACGCCCAGCCACCUCUGGGGCAUGAGGAUGACAUUUUCUUCGCUUGCGACGCUCUCGAUAAACUUGCGUGGGUGGCUGCUAUGUGCGAUCGAUUCGUUAAUGCUAUUAGCCACUGCUCAACUGAGGAGUUUGCAAAAUACGAGGGCGCUUUGUACGAGCUAGAACCUGUGGAGAGAGCCCUCAAUGGGUGGAUUGAUGGACUACGACGAGAUGAGUUGAAAGAGAGGCAGUGCGCAGAUGAGUUGCAACGUACUAUUGCAUUAAUGUCUCAUCUGGCCGAAGUGCACAUUUCGAGCGGUCUUGCAAGCUAUGCCGAUGAUGUUCAUAUGCGCACCCUCGUCAUGCAGAGUCAUCUCGAAAAUGCUGCUGCUGCAAUGUCAGCCUUAAGAGCUAUCGUCCAAGCCGCUAUUCCUACCCAGGGUGAUGAGGAUGAGCAUGCUCAACAUUUUGCCAGAAAGACGGAGACUGUCAUUACAUCCACUCGUAGCGCCAAAGUAGUCGUUGGUAAAGCUGUCAGAGCACUUGAAGAUCUCAAGACUCGCUCCUUGUCUCUCACUUUUGAUACUAUCCAGACCUUUGAGCAAUGCGAAACCGCCACUCAAGAACUUGCUGGAUUUUCACGACAAAUUGGACAUGACAUUUGCACUCUGGUACAUGAAGAGGGAAGAACAGAUCCAUUUACUUACCUUGACAUACAGAGCACUGUACAUCGAACCACGACCAACUUGUUUGCUUCCAGCGAAUCUGACUUGUUUUCUACCUACUCCAACAAGCUCCGUACGCUGACUAGUUCUUUGAUGGAUCUCGCCGCUUUGACGUCAGAUCUUGAAAUGACCCAAGAGUUUGAACGUGCUUCCGCCCCAUGGGUUCUCAGAUCGCAAGAACUCAGAUCCUCGAAGACGGUAUCUGUGGACGCAGAGGCAGAGAUCCAUCGUUUGAAGGACGACAACCACGAACGAGCACGGCUGAUAGCCAUGCGAGAUCAAACUCUCGAGGAGUCUUCCGUUAAGAUAGAGCUUCUGGAGAGUCGUAUGAGAGAUGCGACUAAAAAGAAUGAACGUAUCACCGAGCUGGAGAAAAAGAUCGAAGAUGCCAAGAAACGAGAGACUGAACUCUCUGAGUCCAUUGAAACUCAAAAUAAGGACCUUGCUACCCUUGAAGCCGACCGUGAGAAGUGGAAGAAGGUUGCGGAAGAUACCAAAGCACUCGGCAUCGUAGCCCCCGGCUCCAAAGCCGGCAAAGAACGUGCCGUUGCUACAGCACGAGAAAUGGAAGCCCUUAAAACCGAAAUUGCUAGUCUCCAAGCUGCAGUCUGCUACCUCCGCGAGGAUAAUAGACGUGCGCGAGUUACUGGCUCAGAUGGUCUCGAAUUCCUCGCUGUUCCGUUGACAAAACCGAAAUCCACGGAAGAACAGCGCAAAGCUCUUGUCCUUGCAGAAGGCCAAGAUGUUCUCAAUGAAUUGCUUGAUCUUACCAGCACUGCCCAGAUCUAUGACUUCAACAGCAUCCCAAAAAAUCGCCUUGCCUGGAGACCAGCGAAAUCUACGCCGCAGUACCACGUCGCGAAACAGCGGGAAGAUUAUGAAGCUUGGAGUGGGUGGAAAGAUGCAGUGGUUAAGAAAGCAAAUGUGCUUGCUGAACGGAAUGCUAAUCGUGGGGUUGGGAUGGAGAAGAGGUCGAAAAUCAUGGCUGCCAGGGUUGCGCUGAGGCUACCCGACUUGGAGAGCAAGGGUGUGAGUAAGGGCAGGGAAGUUGAGAUCGUUGAUCCGGAUGACUUUGAGGGACUUAGGGGCAGACUUGGGUUUGUCUGA